UAUUUAUCAGUUGACCUUUACCUUCACUAGGCGUGCUGUUCAUUUAAUAAGUUCCUUGUAAAGUUAUAUACCAAACAAAAAAUGGAAAUUCCGGUUGAAAAGAUUUGCAAUUUUUUCAAAUGUUACGACACGAACGUUAAUAAACUUCAUCUGAAUCAAACAGCUAAAAAUUUCCUUGCACCGGUUGGUUUUAGACCAAGUAAAAUCAAUUUAUUCACGUAUAUUAAAAUUAUUCCAAUUGUGUGUUUUUUUCACAUGCUUUGUUUUGGGCAAGUGGGACAUAUAAUACACUAUCUGUCUAACAAUUCGUUUUCAUUCUUUGACGUUGCUGAUGAUAUUGCGGUUAUAUUAACAACCGAAACAGUCACUUACGUUUUAAUAAACAUUACCAUAUUUACUCCAGAAUUGGAUGCAAUUUGUAAGAAACUGGGCAAUUUUCAAGACCCUGAUUUAGGCCGAGCAAGAGGUGUGGAAGCAUUAGACAAAUUGUUUACAAAAUACAUUUACUUAUGUAUUCUAAGUUUUGUGGUGACUUGCUUGAUCACGUUUGUAUUUUACAUCACUGAUAAAUGCGAGCCAGAUGAAGUCAGUAAUUGUGGAUUUAUUUUCACGCCCUAUUUGCCUUACAUUGACAUUUAUAAUAGGCCAUGGCGAUCAAUUGUCUUGGUUUGUCAAUGUCUGAGCUCAUAUACUGGCGGAGCUAUAGCCAUGUGCAAUAUCUCCCAAGUCGUAUUCCUCAAUGAGGUGUUAAUUCUACGGUAUAGUCAUUUGGAGAGCAUUGUUGAACGCAUUCCCAAGGUUAAAAAGCAGGAGAGACAUGCUUUAGUUGGAAGAAUUGUGCGAUAUCACGAUAUUUUAAUGGACAUAAAUUCGAAAACGAACAAUGCUAUUGGAAAAGCAUAUGCUUUGCAUUUGUGUGUCACACCUAUCAAUAUGAGUGUGAUUGUAUUUCAACUGAUGAGUAAAGACAUGAUGUUGUCGUCAAUGAUGCAUUUCUUGUCAUACGUUGUAGUUGUCAUUUUAACUUGUGUUAGUGGCGAACGUUUGACCACAUUUACUGAAAAAUUGCAUUAUACUAUUUUUAAAUCUAUGCCUUUCGAAGACGUCAAAAUUGCUAAGGAUAUGAAACUUCUUUUGGUGAAAGCCCAGGAUCCAUUACAAGUUCUUGCCGGUGGUAUAACAAGCGUAAACCAUGUUUUGAUGGGAAAUAUUUUUAAAACAGUCUGGUCAACACUUACCGUUUUAAAUAACACUAGAGAUCAUUGAACAGAUAUUAAAAAUGAUUUAUGCCACUGAAAUGAAAUGGCAGUGCAUAUACAUAUCAUAUGAAACUAAGGAAUAUACCAAGGAGCCCAUUUUGUUUUUUAGGUAUAGUUAAAUACAUAAAUUUGCACCAAUUACAUUUAAAACAAUUUAUAAUUUUUUAUAAAAUAAUU